CCCCGAGCUUAGGCAAAAUGCCACAACUGCAAACAAAAAGAUAAGUCAUUGAGGCUUUGAGGUCGAGGAAGGAAGAACAGUUUCUUCUUUCUCUCUCUUUCUGUCAUAGUUACUAAAAUGGCCCUUUCGAGAAACCUUUACAUCUCCAUUAUUCUCUCUGCAAUCCUCUUCACCUUUGCACAGGCUGCCAACUUUGAGAUCAGGAACAAUUGCCCAUACACAGUCUGGGCAGCCGCUUCACCAGGUGGUGGGAGGCAGCUCAACCGUGGUGAGGUCUGGACCAUCACUGUCCCUGCCGGCACAAAAGGUGGCCGUGUUUGGGGCCGAACUAACUGCAACUUCGAUGGUAGUGGCCGAGGAAGGUGCCGAACAGGUGACUGUAAUGGGCUUCUACAGUGCCAAGGCUAUGGUUCACCACCAAACACCCUAGCCGAAUACGGGCUAAAUGGUUACAAUAACAUGGAUUUCUAUGACAUUUCGCUCGUGGACGGAUUUAACAUCCCCAUGGAGUUCACUCCAACAAACGGUGGCUGUCAUGACAUUAGAUGUACAGCUGAUAUCAACGGCCAAUGUCCGGCGGAAUUGCGGGCUCCGGGAGGUUGUAACAACCCAUGUACGGUGUUCAAGACGGAUCAAUACUGUUGCAACUCUGGGAGCUGUGGGCCGACCAAUUGCUCCAGGUUCUUCAAGGAUAGGUGCCCAGAUGCGUACAGUUACCCUAAGGAUGAUGCCACAAGCACGUUUACUUGUAGUGGUAACAGCAAUUACAGGGUUGUUUUUUGCCCAUGAUGAGGCUUUGCUUCUCUUGUUUACGUGUGAAAAGAUCUUUUGAGUUGCAUGUCCCUAAAUAAAACUGCAAAUGUCAUGUGUUCUGUUUUGGUAA